UUCACCAAUCAGGCCAUUGCAAUAAAGUGCAUUGACCAACCUGCUGCUGAUGUCGACUACUUUCGGCAGGGAGCAAGUCAGUCAGUCUCCUCAGUUGAAUAGAUGUUCACUUCCGCGUUUGUACUUUGAAGUGACUAGCACCGCGAUGCUAUCGGAGUUGUUUUGCCAUUCAUUGAACUAAAAUGGCGUCGCUGUUUAUCAAUUAGAUUUCUUUAUGUGAACGUGCCGCAGUGAUCACAUCCGAGUGAGUCAUAAACCAACAUAGCAAUGACAUUUUUAUAGCAUACAGUGAGAAUACGUUUCUAAAACGUUGCGUGGAAGACUAGCAAGUGUGAAAACAGAACACAAUAAUGCGCGAAUUCAAAGUGGUCGUGCUGGGCUCGGGUGGGGUCGGGAAGAGUGCGUUGACUGUGCAGUUUGUGUCCGGAUGUUUCAUGGAAAAAUAUGAUCCCACAAUAGAGGACUUCUAUAGGAAAGAAAUUGAGGUAGACAAUUCGCCAUGUGUUCUAGAAAUACUGGAUACUGCUGGCACAGAGCAGUUCGCCUCGAUGAGAGACCUAUACAUAAAAAAUGGCCAAGGAUUCGUCGUAGUUUAUUCACUAACUAAUCACCAAACGUUUCAAGACAUCAAGCCAAUGAAGGAAUUGAUAACGCGCGUGAAAGGUUCGGAGCGCGUGCCCAUCCUGCUGGUGGGGAACAAAGCGGACCUGGAGCACCAGCGCGAGGUGUCGCAGACCGAGGGCGCGGCGCUCGCGCAGAUGUGGGGCUGCCCCUUCGUCGAGGCGUCCGCCAAGAGCCGCACCAACGUCAACGAAAUGUUCGCCGAAAUAGUUCGCGAAAUGAACGUUAGUCCUGAAAAGGAAAAGAAAACUUAUUGUUGUUGUACAGUGCUUUAAUAUUUAGAGUGUAAUGUGGCAUUUAUUUCUCGUAAGACUGCAAGGGUGAGGCGGGAGCGUGCCCGUCUCGGCCCGACGGCCCGUCGGCCCCGGCUCCCUGGCGAGCGGCGGCGCGCCGGCCCCGACCGCUGGACCCUCGGCGGUCGCGAUGCGCGUCAUAUCACGUUGUUAAUAUCUUUGAUACAUACCAUUGUCCAAUCGAGGUGCUUUAUCUUAUAUUUUCAUACUUUAGUACUGGUAGAUACUCCCGCAGUAACCAUUAUCAUGUGAAUUGAACAAACAUCCCGAAUGGGAGCAUGCGUAAAGAACAGAAAAUCAUUGUUAGCUUGGUUUUGUACAUUGUCAACUGGGAAGCAUGCUAAAGAUGUGUCAGAUAAACAAACAAAAAAAAACAUGUAUUGUAAAUUAAUAUUAGUCAACUUUGUAUAUAAUUUCAUGAGAUUAUCGAUGUGGAAGGACAUGGACGGUUUAGAGAAUUAAAAGCCAUCCAAAUAUGCAAUAAACUAUUUGUGUAGAGUGAAGUGCGAUGAGUAAGAGUUACACCUAAGUCAUGUCGCAGAUUGUGUUUUGUUGUGUAAAUUAUGUUUAUAUGAGAAAAAUCAGUAAUCAAGGAAAUACAUUAAGUUUUAUCAGUUGCGUGAUUGUGUUUUAAAAGUCUACCAGGAUUUGUGAUAA